AAUAAAUAAGCCUCUUGGCGAGCUGCAAGCCCACUCGCUUCAUUGUGUGCGCCAUUAUCCUCAUCCAGUACAGGCCUGAGAACCAUAAACACAACAUCUCAUUUAAUUCCUAUUAAAUCCUCCUCUUUAUUGAUAACAAACACAUACACUGUGGGCUGUUCAAUCAAACAAUGUCUUCGAAUUUCACAUUCAAGCUAAAUCAGAACCAAAUGAUGGGGAUAGCCUGAUAUCCUCAAUCCUACAAACAAGAUGUCAAAGCGGCCACCCUAUGCCCCUGCCCCCACCCCAGCCCCCACAACACAAAUGCCCACCACCCCUGGGUUUGUGGGGUACAACCCAUACAGCCAUCUGGCCUACAACAACUACAGGCUGGGAGGGAACCCCGGCGGGAACAACAGGAACUCCUCAGGGAUCACCGUUCCUAAGCCACCCAAACCGCCCGACAAGCCGCUGAUGCCCUACAUGCGGUAUAGCCGGAAGGUAAGCAGGAAGGUUUGGGACCAAGUUAAAGCCUCUAAUCCUGACCUGAAACUAUGGGAGAUUGGGAAGAUCAUUGGUGGCAUGUGGAGGGACCUCACUGAUGAGGAGAAACAGGACUAUUUAAAUGAAUACGAGGCUGAAAAGAUUGAAUAUAAUGACUCUUUGAAAGCCUACCACAACUCUCCAGCCUACCUGGCGUACGUCAAUGCUAAGAACCGUGCGGAAGCUGCUCUAGAAGAAGAGAGCCGGCAGAGACAGUCGCGCCUAGACAAGGGCGAGCCCUAUAUGAGCAUCCAGCCCGCUGAGGAUCCUGAUGACUAUGAUGACGGUUUCUCCAUGAAGCAUACAGCGGCAGCUCGUUUCCAGAGGAACCACAGGCUUAUCAGCGACAUCUUGAGUGAGGUUGUGGUGCCUGAUGUUCGCUCAGUGGUUACCACCGCUCGCAUGCAGGUCCUCAAACGGCAAGUCCAGUCCCUCAUGGUGCACCAGAGAAAGCUUGAAGCAGAGCUUCUUCAAAUCGAGGACCGACAUCAGGAGAAGAAGAGGAGGUUCCUGGAGAGCACAGACUCCUUCAAUAACGAGCUCAAACGGCUCUGCGGUCUAAAAGUGGAGGUGGACAUGGAGAAGCUGGCAGCCGAAAUGGCGGCUGCAGAGGAGGCAGCUCGCCGGAGGGCGGAGGAGAGAGAGCGGGAAGCAGCAGAGCAGGUGGAGAGAGCUGCUCAAGAAGAGCAACAGCCAGCAGGGGUCCAGGCCAAUGCCAACACAGAACAAACCUCCGCCAGCGAGAGCAAGGAUGGAGAAGACAAGUCCACCCCGAUGGAGACUGAGACUCUCGCUGAAGCUUCUGAAGGAUCUCAGGAGGCUGAGCAAGGCGCGGGUGCAGCGGGAGAGAAACCGGCCCAGCCUGAGCCUGCAGAGGGCGCAACAGAUGAGGGCACCAGCGACAGCACCGCUCCAUCUGAGAGCAGCUCCGGACCCCCAGCAGAACCCCAGGCCUCAGACAACACCCCUGAGGAGCGGCUGCCCACCCAGACACAAUAACCCCGCUCACUUAAUCUACAUGUUCAUUUACCAAGUCUCACUUCACUCUGUGUAGAGUCAUGUGUCCUCUAGGAUUGCCAUUUAAUCCUGUGACCUGCCAGUUCAGUGAGUGAGAACAGUGAACAUUUUUACUUUUUCCCACCCUCCAUAAUAUUCUACAAUUAAAUGUUUUGUAAGGACAACAAUCUUAAUUUGCUUUCCACACAUAUUCAUUCAGGCACACCUGUUUACUUGAUCUGAAACGCUGACCUUGAUGUGACAAGCCCACUUGAGUACUUUAGAGCCUCUUGGCCAUUAAAAAGCUUUUAUUAUUCUAAAGUGGAAGCAACUAGGGCAAAUGUUGAAUAAAAUGUAACUCUUUCAUCCUACAGUCACCAAAUGGCUGCAAAAAGCAGAACUUCAAGGUUAUUUGCUGUCGCUUACCAUGUUUUAUCUACUUGUGGCAGUUAUUUUAUGGUAUAUCUGUUGCAUCCUUUCAUAGUUUGGUUGAGCCUGUGGUUUGUAGUUUUUUUUUUGUUUUUUUUUUUUCUUCUUCUCCUCAUUCUAGUUGUUUUUUUUUUUUUUUUUUUUUUUUUUUUUUUUAAAAUAAAGCCAUGCUUACACUGUCAUGAUUUUCCAGAUUGACCGCGCAGAGCAGAGGGACAUUGCUCUGUUAACGUCUUCAUGAAAUGGUAUUACUUUUAAGCCUCUGGAUUAUUGUUUUGUAUUGUUGGAAGAUAUUCCCUCAAUAAAGUGAUUUCUAUGUCUGUUUUAAA